GCUCUGGUGUAACGGCCGCGUGCACCUUGCUCGGUAACUAGCGUCUUUGAGUUAUUGACACCGUGUUGUCUGGUUCGCUCACGCGCUACUCACCUUCAUAAACGGAAACUAAACGAGUAUUUUGAGUUCCCCGUGUACUCAGUUUAAGUAGUUUGGUGAUGUAGAAUUAAUCUGUUUUUGGCGCCUAACACUUCUUUGACAUUGGAUUGCUUGUUUACUGAAUGAGACAGAAGGCACGGAUAACCCUCGGAAGUCCCAUUUGGUUCUUUUAACGUCUUAGGUUUUUUGGUGAGGGUUGCUAUUGAAAAUGAUCAUGCAAGUUGGCAUCGUCAGCGUCAUGAUUUACGGCAUCUCUGCUGUGCUGGGGGCCUCCAACGUGUCAGAGGAGCAUGGCCAGUGUCCACUGGGCUUCUUCCCUUGUGGCAACCUGACCGUGUGCCUUCCUCAGCUGCUGCACUGCAACGGCGCGGACGACUGCGGGAACCAGGCGGACGAGGAGAACUGUGGAGACAACAAUGGAUGGCCGCACUUGUUUGACAAGUACUUCGGAAUGCCCAACAAUGAUGCAGGAACCAAGUCUAAUGCGUGCUUGCUGGGGCUGGUCCCAGAUCCGUGCCUGUGUAGAGACCUGGAGCUGGACUGUGACGGGGCCAACUUUAAAGACGUGCCCACCGUGUCUGUGAACAUCACCAUGAUGUCUCUGCAGCGGAACCGCCUGCGGAAAUUGAAUGGGCAUAUAUUCUUCCAGUACCGAAGCCUAAAGAAAUUGUAUCUUCAGCACAACCUGAUCCGCGUGGUGAGCCCCAACGCUUUCCGGGGCCUGUACAAUCUGACCCGACUGUAUUUAAGCUACAACAAGAUUUCUGUUCUGAUGCCUGAAGUGUUUCAGGACCUUCACAACCUGGAGUGGCUGAUUCUGGAGAACAACCGCCUCCAGCGGGUCACCUCGACCACCUUCCUUGGCCUGCACUCACUGGUGUUGCUGGUUUUAUUGAACAAUAAUCUGUCUCGGCUGGAUGACAUCUGCCAGGAGAUGCCCAGACUCAACUGGCUGGACCUGGAGGGCAAUCAGAUUGAGCGGGUGGGAAAUUUGACCUUCCGUUCCUGCAGUAUGCUAACUGUGCUUGUGUUACAGCGGAACAGAAUUAGUCAUCUUCAUGAUCAGGCUUUUUCUCCUCUUCACAAACUUGGCGAGUUGGAUCUGUCCAGUAACAGCAUCACUGCUUUCCCCUCUCACUUCUUUGUACAGCUGGUAGAUUUGCUUCAACUGAAUAUAUCCUACAACCCCAUUCUUGACCUGGAAGUGGAUCAUUUCGACAACCUGCAUAAACUGAAAUCACUGGUCAUCGAGGGAAUCGAGAUUGGGAACAUCCAGAGUCGCAUGUUUGAGCCCCUCAGAAAUCUCACACACAUAUACUUCAAAAAGUUCCAGUAUUGCGGCUACGCUCCACACGUGCGCAGCUGUAAGCCCAACACCGACGGCAUCUCCUCUCUCGAGGAUAUGCUGGCCAACAUCGUGCUCCGCGUCUUCGUCUGGGUCGUCUCGGCAACCACCUGCUUCGGCAACAUCUUCGUCAUCUGCAUGCGCUCCUACAUCCGCUCCGAGAACAAGCUCCACGCCAUGUGCAUCAUCUCACUCUGCUGCGCCGACGGGCUCAUGGGCGUAUACCUAUUCAUGAUUGGCGCGUACGACCUGAAGUUCCGUGGCGAGUACAACCGGCACGCGCAGGCGUGGAUGGACAGCGCGGCGUGCCAGGUGGUGGGAUCCCUGGCCAUGCUGUCCACGGAGGUGAGCGUGCUGCUGCUGACCUACCUGACGCUGGAGAAAUACAUCUCCAUCGUCUACCCCUUCCGCUACCUGACGCCGGGACGUCGUCGCACCGUCACCAUCCUCGUGGCCAUCUGGGUCCUCGGCUUCAUCAUCGCCUUCCUGCCGCUCGUCUGCAAAGGAGCCUUCCGGAACUUCUAUGGGACCAACGGCGUGUGUUUCCCCCUGCACUCGGAGCAGAGGGAGACGGAGGGCGCGCAGAUCUACUCCAUCGUCAUCUUUCUGGGCCUGAAUCUGGCAGCCUUCCUCAUCAUUGUGCUCUCAUACGGCAGCAUGUUCUACAACAUACAGAGAACGGGCACGCAGACCACCAAGUACAGCAACCACAUCAAGAAGGAGCUGACCAUCGCCAAGCGCUUCUUCUCCAUCGUCAUCACAGACUCCCUCUGCUGGAUCCCCAUCUUCAUCCUCAAGAUCUUAUCGCUCAUGCAGGUUGAGAUUCCAGGAUCCAUCAGUUCGUGGGUGGUGAUCUUCAUCCUGCCCAUCAACAGUGCCCUGAACCCCAUCCUGUACACACUGACCACACGGCCCUUUAAGGAGACACUGGUGCAGGUGUGGGCCAACUACAGGCAGCGGCGCCCCCUGCUGGGCAGCCGCCCCGCGCACCUACACCCCUUUACCUGGCUGGAGAUCGCACCCCUGCAGGAGGGAAGCCAGGCCACCACGCUCGCUCUCACCUCCCCAGACUUCCAGCCGCACCCCACAUCCUGCGCCUCCUGAACCACCUCCCAGCUGCUUCCUACAGCCAGGGCCAAUGAGACGUGAGAUACUAGUGACCCCACCCCCCCUAAGGGCCAAUGAGAUGUGAGAUACUAGUGGGCACACCCCCCCCCCCCCAAGGGCCAAUAAGACGUUAAAUGUCAUCGCCCCUCACCCCCACCGCCAUACAACUAUACUACUUAUCUCACCUCAAGGACCACCGAGCGUCUGCCAGUCCUUUGCUGUUUACACUGGCUGAGUUCAUUAGGCAUAUGUUGUGUGUUUGUUGACGUUCACAUUCCACGCUCACGUUCGG